AUGGAGAAGGUUCUUGAGUCCGGCAGCUAUGGGAGCAUCACAUUGCGGCCCGGUGACGAUUGCGUUUACCACAUCUCACCACAUGGCGACAUCUCAAACAUGGUGAUCUACACGGGGGAUCUGGGGACCAGCCAAGAUGCCAGGGUGUGGUACUGCCCCAGCCCCGACUGCGGCGCCUCCGGCAGCCACAACCUGACGGCGGGGGUGAGCACCCCCCUGCUCGUGUCCAACUACCCAGAUGGAAUCUGGAUCCACGUCUCGGUCCCCUCCACCGGUGGCUCCUCCACCGCCACCCUGGAGCUCAGCGCCAUCGCCGCCAGCUGCAGCGCCCCGCACCAAACCCCGCUCCUGCUGUACCGCACGGUCGAUGGCAGGACCUCGGAGCCCUGGCCCAGCUACAGCCUGUGCGUGACCAAGCCCAACAAUAACCCGGACUUCGGAAUUGCGUUCUCAUGGGAGUGGUCGUUCGGAAGCCUGCCGUACAGCUUCGGACGCGGGUUCCAUGCGCUCCUGCCGCCGUUUGACCUGACGCUGCCGCACGGUGUGUACGACAUCCAACUCAUGAGGGCCUACUCGCCGGACGCGGAGGCCCGGAUGGGCGUCAGCUUCGUCCUGCUUUCCAGCAGCGGCGUUGAGCUGGUGCGCUUCAACGAGUCCGUCUCGGGCUACUUCGUCCCCGCCGUCAACAACAUCACCCGGGGUUCCAUGGAGUUCUACUUGCCGGCCGGCAUCGCCGACCAGAGUGCCGCCGUGGCAACGGGCUUCACCGCACCGCGCCAACCCGUAACGCUACCACCCCUACCAACACCUCCCACAUACGUCCACGGCAUGCCACCACCACCGUCGCCCUCCUCGUCCCCCCCCACCAGCUACGGCUAUCCCUCCGACAGGAGCUCCCCAACGCCCAGCCCAGCGGGCCCCCCACCACUGGGUCAAGGAGCCACUGCACCACCCAGCCCCCGUAGCACCCCUCCUAGCGGCUUCUCCAGCUCCCAGCUGCACAGCCCUCCUCCCAGCAGCGGCACACCCCGGUCGCCCAACCGUACGGCACCUCUGGAUGUUUCCACCUUGAGUGGGUCGGGCUCGCGAGCCGGCGGUCGGGCCUGCAUGGCUGUGAGUGCAGCCUUGGGGAUAGCGGUCGCGAUGUUGGCAAACAUCAUCAUGUCCCCAAACUUCGGCGGCUAG